GUACAAAUUGAAGAACAAACAAAUCAAAGUUCUGACAAAGAUCCAAAAUCGUUAUCUGGAGGGGAAAAAUCAUUUUCAACUAUAUGUUUGUUGCUUGCACUUUGGGAAGCGAUGGGAUGUCCAAUCCGAUG